AUGAGGCUUCCCCGACUCUGGAUAGCCCCCAGGAGAGGUCACCUGGUGUGGCCGAUCUUGCUGGUUCUGCUGCUGAUCGGGGUGGUGCUCAUGGCUCUCACGCCUUCUGCAGAGGAACAUCAAGCUGCGCACUUUGCUAAAUUUCAGCGGCGACAACAGAGCGACACGGAACGUUCAGAAAAUCACAAUCAGCCCAGCGUGGAAGAAGAAUCCAGGUUCACCAUCAUUAUGCAAACCUACAACCGCACAGAUAUUCUGCUAAAACUCCUCAAUCACUGCCAAGCCAUGCCUCAUUUGCAUAAAAUCAUUAUAGUUUGGAACAACAUAGGAAAGCCUCCACCCCAAAAAUUAUGGGACUCUUUGGGACCUCACCCUAUUCCUAUUAUUUUCAAACCACAAAACAAUAACCUGAUGCGCAACAGACUACAGCCUUUUCCUGAGAUCGAGACUGAUGCUGUGUUGAUGUUGGAUGAUGACACAUUGGUCAGUGUUCCAGAUGUCACUUUUGCCUUCUCAGUCUGGAAGAGAUUUCAAGACCAGAUCGUUGGGUUUGUCCCCCGAAAGCAUGUGGUCACAGACAAAAGAAUCUACAGUUAUGGAAGUUUUGAGUUACAGAACCCAGAAAUCUCUGGAGGUGACCACUACUCCAUGGUGUUGAUUGGUGCUGCAUUCUUCCACCGUCGAUAUCUGCAGCUCUUUGAGAAACAGGAUAAGGCGGUGCUUGCGUUGGUGGACGAAACACAAAACUGUGAUGACAUUUCUUUGUCAAACCGGUCGACAUGCGCAAUCUGGAAAAGGAUGCAAGAAGCGGAUAUCAAGGAAUGUGGCAUCGACCAGAGCAUCUACUUCAGCGAUCUUACUGUCUGA